AAUACAAACAGUAAAAAAUAGCAAACGGAGGAAGAAAAAAAAAUUGGCCAACUAAAAAACACAUGUAGAUACCACACAACGGUGUGGUUCUUCUAACAAUACAGACGUGCAAAUUAUACGCCAGGGAAAUUAAACUUAAAAAAAGUGUAUUUGUUUAUAAACUAAAGUGAAAAUAUUUGAUUUUUCUAUUAACUAUAAUGGCAACAUCAACAAAAAAUGAAAAUACUGCGACAAAAUCACCAAAUACAAUUGUUGCUAAACAAAAGUUGCAAGAUAGUGGUGUUUUAACACGUGAGGAUUUCGACGGAGGUCCUGUUAGUUUAGAUGAAAUAGAGAAUGGCCUAUAUUUAGGCAAUUUAACAGCUGCUACUAAUAUGGAGACAUUAAGAUCAUUUAAUAUAACUCAUAUACUUACCUUGGACUCGGUGCCAUUGCCCAAGCAUAUAACAGAAGCUUCCUUUUUAACUACCAAAUAUAUACACAUCUCUGAUAUGCCCAAAGAAGAUAUUUUACAUCAUUUAAACACUUGUGUGGAUUUUAUUACAUCAGCUCUCAGCAAGGGCAAUAAUAUAUUGGUGCACUGUUAUUUUGGUGUUAGUCGCAGUUCCUCUGCUGUUAUAGCUUAUAUUAUGAAGCAGCAUAAUAUGGACUAUCAGGCUGCCUAUGAUUAUGUUAAGGCAAAGAGACGUUUUGUACAGCCAAAUAUAGGUUUUAUAGCACAAUUGAAAUUGUGGCGACGUAUGGGUUGCAGUAUUGAUCCACAAUAUCAAAAAUAUAAAAUUUAUCGUUUACGCUUGGCAGGAGAACAAGUGAGAAAGGCUAAAAUUCUUCCACAAAAUUUCAAUAACCUCAUAAAACCCGAUCCUGCUAUUACCCAAGAAAAUCCCGAACCCAUUGUCUAUCGUUGUCGCAAGUGUCGUCGUGUGUUGGCCUCAAAAUCUCAUGUUCUGCUACAUCCACCCAAAAAUCAAACUCUUUCAAAAGGCACCAAUGGUAAUGCCAACAACACUGCUGCUUUACCAGCUGUCGAACAAAAUUCGAGCUCAGGAACACCACCACGUCUUUUGGAACAAAUUGCAGCACAAAUUCGUAAAGUUUCAAUAACAUCACCUACCGAUGGUCAACAACCGCUAGUUGAGACUGAUAAACAGCAGUAUUGUCAGAAUAUAUUGUUUGUAGAGCCUAUUGCAUGGAUGCAACAUAUUUCGAAUAAUACUCAGGGACGUUUAAAUUGUCCAAAAUGUGAACAGAAAUUGGGUAAUUAUAGUUGGAUUAAUGGUUGUCAGUGCCCUUGUGGUGAAGAAAUAUCUCCAGCAUUUUAUUUAAUACCUUCCAAAGUGGAACUUUCAAAAGCCGUACAAAAUGUACAAACUACUUUGUAGAUUAUAAAUAUGUUUUUAUCAAAUGAAUUAUGUUUAGUAAUUAAAAAAAGUUUCACUUUAAGUUAUUGGCCUUAGUAUUGAUUAAUCUAUUAACUAAACUAAGUACUAGUCCUUUAACUAGUCUAAGAACUAGUGUUUUAAUUAGUCUCAGGUUCUUUUAACUAGUCUAAGGACUUGUCUUUUAACUAGUUUAAGGACUAGUUUAUUGAUGAAGCUAUUGACUAGUCUAUUGAUAAGUCGAUUGAUUAGUAUAUUGAUAAGUCGAUUGACUAGUCUAUUGAUAAGUCGAUUGACUAGUCUAUUGAUUAGUCGAAUAUCUAGUUUACUGACUAGUCGAUUAACUAGCCUAGGGACUAGUUUACAGACUCGACUAUUUUAUUGACCAGACGAUUGUUUAGUCGAUUGACUUUUGUUAAACUAGGCUUCGAACUAUUAUUAGUCGAUUAACUAGUCUAUUGACCAGUCUAUCGAUUAGACGAUUGACUAGUCGAUUGCCUAGUAUACUGGCUAGACUACGGAUUACCCUUUUAACUGAAAUAUGGACUAAUCUAUUCAUACGUCGAUUAGCUAGUCGAUGGAUUAGUUUAUUUGCUUGCCUACUGACUUGUCGAUUGGAUAGAUUAUAGAUUAGUAUAUUGACUAGACUACUUAUUACCCCAUUGAAUAGACUACGGAUUACUCUAUUGACUAGACUACGGACUAUCCAAUUGACUGGUCUAUUAAUUAGUCGAUUGAUUAGUUUCUCUGCUUGUCUAUUCAUCAGUCGAUCGAUUAGACGAUUGAUUAGUCUAUUGACCAGUCGAUCGAUUAGACGAUUGAUUAGUCUAUUGACAAGUAUUUUAAAUAGUUUAUUGACUAGACUUAGGACUACCUUAUUUACCAGUCUUUUGGCUAAUAUAGACUAAUCAAUUGACCAGAUUACUGCUUAGUCGAUGCACAAGUCUGAGGUCUAGUCUAUGGCCUAAUGUAUUGACUAGUCUUUGUGUUAAUAACUGACUAAUUUUAUUAAUAUAAUACUUUAGUAUAAAAUAAUUUUGUUAUUGUUAUCGAAUUAUAAAUUGUUAUUAUUUGUUAUUAUUCGGGCUAUUUUCAAUUCAAUUUUACUUAAUAACUCUGUAUAAAGUUGUAAUUAUAAUUAUAGUAUUUAAAUGAAUGCUUCCAUUUUUCGUAGUUUCUGCAAAACAAAACAUUUAUUUAUGUAAUAAUCUCAAAUUGUUUUUUAAUAACAAGUAGUUAGUUAAGCAUUAAGCAGUUAGCUAUAACAGAGUUAAAAUCUCUUUAUAAAACUCUUAACAAAAUUUUAAAGAAAUUCCCGAAAAUAUGUCUUCUUUAUAAAGAAAACUCUGUUUAUAGUUUAUGAAAAGGCUC